UUCAAGAAAGAAGCAGAAUGGAAGGAGUUGUUGAUGAAAGAGAUUCAAGAGAUGCAUUCAAAUUUUGACAGCACACGAAGAAAACUAGAAGAAACUACUGUGCAGUUGAAUCAGUUGAAAGAAGCGUUCAUGAAUAAUUUACGGUUAUUAAAACAAAGAGAAGUUGAAUUCACUCGUCAAAAAGAGGAACUGGAUGUGAUUAAAAAUAAUCUACACUCACGUGAAGGGAUAAUUAGUGAACUGAAGACCUCGUUAGAUCGAUGCGAAUCUGAGUUGCUCUCAAGUCGGAAAGUUGAAAUUCAUCUUCGCAAAGACCUGGAAUUCCAUCGUGCCGAGAGCAGGAAACGUGAGACGGAAUUACUUCACAAACAUAAUAUCGCAUUAAAUGCAAUAAAACAUUCGGAAGAAGAAGAGCGAGCGCAUUUACGAUCUGCGCUAACUCGCAUUCAAGCGGAUUUGGAUGCUGAGCGUGUCAGAGCUGCCAGCGAUUUAGAAGAAGCUCUGAGAAAAGCAUCUGAACAAGCGGAAAAGUCGGCUUUGGAUGCCGCACAAAAAGAAUUUGGAUUACAAUUGCGUGUUCAAAUGCUUGAAGACAUAUGUGAACGGGCACAGAACGCCAAAAAGAAGGCGAUUUCUGAAGCAGAAUCCAAAGAAUUGCAGUUAGCUAAUGUGCAGUCAGAGCUUCAGGUUGCACUACACAAUGCGGAAUCACUUACACUCAGAAUCUCAGAGGCAACAAGUGAUAAGGAGAUUGCUGAGCAAAAAAUGUCCGCGGCAGAAAAUGCACUUAUUCGUGCGGAGCAGAAAUGGAGGGAAGAAAAGAGUGAACUUCUGAAUAUUUUGGAGGUAACCAAAACUCAGGACGAACUGCAUCGCAAAGAAGUUACUAUAGCAAUGAAUAAACUUAAAGACGAGAAAGCCGCGGUACAAGCUGAAAACCGGCGUCUACUGGAGUCGCUGGCCAAGGAGAACGCAGAGACCCGAAAAGCACUCAAUUCACUGAAAGAAGAAAGUAAUUUGCGCCAGUUGGCGGAGCACACUGCACGAAAAUUGCGAAAUGAAUGUGACCGAUUGCGUCAAGAUUUGAAUCAGGCUUUGCUCCCGACAGUUCGAAACGACCCGCUUGUUCCAAGUUGUGAUCACAUGCAUCUGAUAGCACAACUUGAACGGUUACAAGUUAACUGUGAACGACUGGAAGAGGAGAAUGCCCGUCUCAAACGAUCCAUCUCGAUUAUGUCUGAACAAGCACAAAAAACAGCUCAAAUUGUCCAGUUGACCAAGAGACCUGAUGGAAACGGACCAGAAAACACGAAAUAUGCGAGUGAACCAAACGAGCAAAUACUACUGCUAAGGGGAAAACUCCAAUCGUCCGUAAGAGUUAUCCGCAAGUUGGCACAAGAAAAACAUGCCCUCAAAGAACUGAGCAAUCGUUUGCAAGCACAGAUUCGUCAAUUAGAAGCAAAGCGAGUGGUCGUGAACGCCUCAUACCAAGAUCAACAAUCACAUGGUUUACCUAAGGUUCAUUACUCUGGGAGAAAAUCUCCUACUGUUAAGAUUAAUUUAAGUUGUUCUGACGAUCGCUGCUUUCUUGAACCAGAGAAAGAAGGCACACGCUUUCUAAAUAAAAAUCCAGUCCCUCCACUAUCGCUCAUCGAUCCAGAUGAUGCGGUCUCUUCCGUCCCGGGCAGGGAGUCUGUUUCGGCUAUAUUUCAAAUGGUUGAUACAAGUGNCCCACAGAAGUCAGCUCCGUGA